CCGCCCAAAAGCGGAGCAAAGGAGUGGAAUUGACUCCUCAGCCUGCUCCGAACCCAAACAAACCGUCGAUUACUACAAAAAAGUCAUCUCCCCGAGGUUUAAAGCCCCCGAGUCGUCAAUUUGUGGAUGAAAUAGUUGAAGAAUCAGUGAAGAGCUACAGUACUUGCGGAAAGAGUGAAGAAAUUUAUUGGGAGACUCCUCUCGAAGGAUACCUGUGAAAAUGAGCAAGAAGAAGAACAUGGCGAUUGACUUCCAGGACAACAUGAUCCUGCUGACGAGGAAGUACCUGAAGAGGAAGAUUCUGUGCCCCGAGACGAAGUUCCGGCAUCACGGGAAGGAGCGACAGAACAUCUUGGAGCUGUUGAAGAGGACUGUUGACGCUGGAGAAAGUAAUUCAGCUUUGUUGAUUGGCCCUCGAGGGAGUGGCAAGACGACCCUGAUAAACUCAGUCCUGAAGGAGCUGUCGGUCUCCAAAUCCUUCAAAGAGAAUGCUCUCAUCGUGAACCUCCACGGCCUCGUUCAUACGGACGAUCGUCUUGCUCUAAAGGACGCCACGAGGCAGAUGCAACUGGAGAACGUCGUGGGGGACAAGGUCUUUGGGACAUUCGCUGAGAACCUGACCUUUCUCCUGGAUUGCUUGAAAUCAGGUGACAAGAAGCGAACAAAACCUUGCAUCUUCAUUCUCGACGAGUUCGACCUCUUCUGCGCGCACCAGAACCAGACCCUGCUCUACAACCUCUUCGACGUGGCACAAUCAGCACAAGCGCCCAUCUGUGUCCUCGGUAUUACCUGCAGACUCGACGUAAUAGAAUUGUUGGAGAAGAGGGUCAAGUCCAGAUUCUCCCACAGGCAGAUAUUCCUCUUCCCCGGGGAGAACUCUGGGGGUGAGCAACCCACAACAGCUUUUGACGAUCGUCUGGAGCUCUUCAAGGAUCUGUUGAGCAUCCCAGAUGAUGAGAAUGUCAACAGGAUCGAGGAGACCUACGAGGACUGCACUAUUGAUCCACAGUUUGGGGCUAUGUGGAAUGAUUACGUGGAGAAUCUUGUGAAUAAUGUUACCAUGGUGAAUCUGCUGAAGAGGAUGUACCAGAUUGAUGUCAGUGAGAGGAGCUUUAGGAAUUUUCUGGCUGUCGCUGUGGGGACACUUGAUGAAAAGCAUCAGAGGCUCGAGGUCAACGACUUUGUUGAGGCUAGUAAAAUGUUCACCAGAGAUGACAAAGUCGCCAUGUUGGAGGGACUUUCUGUCCUAGAGAUGAGUUUGAUUAUCGCAAUGAAACAUGAGACUGAAAUUUACGACGGCGAGCCAUUGAACUUCGAGACUGUCUUGAAUCGAUACAUUAAAUUCGCGAAUCAGACGUCCUCAAUUCAAACCGUCCAGCGGCCCGUGAUAAUGAAGGCAUUUGAACAUAUUAAGAAUUUAGAGCUCCUUGCCCCAGUGAAUGCAACAGCAAGGACAGAAAAAGAAUACCAGUACUUCAAAUUCCUCCUGACCCCUCAGCAAGUCUUGGAGGCAGUGAAAAACUACGUGGGACUUCCCACGGAAAUCGCCCAGUGGGCAACAAACAGCCUGCAAUAAAUCAUCCCUCCACCCCUGGCCACGGGGAUAAAAACAUCUUGAAUCAGGAUCAUGUGCCAUUUUAUAAAAAAAAAAACAAAAUACUUAAUUACAGUUAAUUGGAGUUAUAAAUCAACCAAUAAUUACAUUAGUUGAAAAUAAAAUAACGUUCGGGGAAACUGCAUUAAGAGUGCCACGAGAGGUGAGUUCAGUAAUUAAAAAAAUUAGUGAUAAUUAUGAUAAUUGAGUAAUGAUAUUGAUAGGGUAAAUCUGUGUUCAUCUUGCUCACGAGUUCAAUGUUUCUGUAGUGGAAUUGAUGAUGAAGAGAAUACGAGGCAGAAUGAAAAAUAUUGCUUUUUAAUCUCUCUGAUAUCUCGGAAACUAUUGGCUUCAGGAGAAAAUGUCAGUAACA